AGUUAACGAAACGAAAUACUACUUGAAUUUAAAUAAAUUUGCAAAAAUUCCCAAUGGACAAACAGAAUAAAUCCGUUGCCUCUGGCGGACGUUCCCAUUCGAACAGCAGUCGUCGCGUCAUGUGGAAAAUGGACAAAAGCUGUAAGGAUGAGGAGGAGGUCUUUGACUCGAUCGUCACCUAUCGCUGGAUGCCAUCAGAGGUGGCCAGUGACACCACUAAGGAAUCCCAAAGCAAUCCAGAGGUGGCCGUCAAUCGAGACGCUCCACACAAAAACUGGCGAAUGCUGGUCGCAGAGUUGGGCAAGCGCAAGGAGCUGGCGCAGAAGGAGCAGCCGACAACAUCUCAAUCUUCUGUACAAAAAUCAAAUUCUUUGGCGAAACUGGAAGGACUCGAGAGCAAGGAGCGCGCCAAGGCAAGCUGGCAGCGUCUUUUCAACACAAUUAAGCUGAUCAAAAAGGGCGAACUGCCGGAGGAGGAGAAAGAGAAAUUCGAAUUGAGUGGAAGUCCCAGCCUUGCCCUGCGCUACAAGCCAUCCCAUGAAUCGCUCAAGUUCAAGAGGAGCAAGGACCAAGGCCUGGAUCAUAUUCAGCAGCAGCCGAGCACAUCCCAGGCUGCGGCUAUCAACUUAAAAAUAGAAACCUGUGACCUGCCGCCACAUCAGACUUGCGUAGUGCGUGAGGUCCCGCCGAUGUUUGCUCACCGAGUGCGCGUCUCAAUGUCGAAGGACACGGAUUCGUGCAGCUCCGGGGAGUUGGAUUUGCAGAAGAACGGCACCGCAUCAGAAGCAAGCAGAGUGACAGGACCAUUGAAACAUCUGGCAAGCGUCGUUGUAACAACGCCCUUAGCGACCUCCUUUUCAAGCGGUCCUCAUGUGGGACCUAAGCGGGGCACAGUCAAGCCUACAAAGGCACCGUCAGCUUCGGGCAGAAAAGUUCCUAGCCCCAGCAACAGUGACACGGUAGACUCGUCAUCGGAGUCGGUCAAAAAAUUGACCAGCCCCAGCAACAGCUGCUCGGCAGGACGUUCCUCCCCGGAGGCGAUUACCUCCAGCAACAGCGGUACGGCCGGAGGUGCCCCCUCGCUGUCUGGCAAGAGAACAACUAGGCCCAGUGGCAACAGCACGGCACGUUCGGAGACGGGCAAAACCAGCAGCAUCGCUGGCAGCGGGUUGCCAAAUCUCCGCCAGCGCCAGCAGGAGCUUCACCGUUACCGUCUUCUCGUCGAACAGCUUCGCGUGGAACUGCUUCAGCUGAAGGUUAAACGCGAAAUUGAGGGGACUCAUCAACAGCACAUCCUCUUCCGCAAAGAUUUGCAAAUCAAAGAGAAUCUGUUGAGAACCUAUGACGACAACGAUGUCUCUCAUGCUUAGGAUCUCAAUUGCAGCAUCACUUCACUCAGAUUAAGAACAAGCUUUACAAUACAUAUGUUGAAAUAAAUUAGCCAAGGUCGCAGUACUUCGAAAA